ACUACGCUGAUCAAACGUCUCGCACUCUCGCCCGUCAUCGAUCGUUGCGAUCGGAGUCGCGAUUAUUGACCGUGUCCUCUCGCGCGUGCAGAAAAUCGUCGCGUCGCGAAUAAAGUCAUUCCGUCGCGAACGCGGGGCUGCGAUUUGCAUUGACGUGUGACGUGCUGAUCGGGCCCAUUACGUGUCUCCCGUCUCUUGGCCGACAUCCUGUUCGCGAGAUGCGUCCUGUACGUGUGUAACAGCGCGCUCUGCUCCGACCGAUCAUCCGGCCGUUCAUCUCCGCUCGCGAGAUCGUCGGAUCUUGUUACCGGUACUGUGCACCGGAUUCGUGCAUCCGCUUCGCGUGACGGGCAAGGAAUCGCGGCUGCAUCGUACGCGAGCGGGCCAGGCCUGCCCUCUUCCUGGCGAAAGAAAUUGGAAGAAUGAGCAGGACAAGGGAACAGGCGGGCCCGUCCAAGCCGUCGGGAUCCGCGGAGGAGAAGGAGAAGGAGAAGGAUGACAGGAUGUUCGAGUGCAAUAUCUGUCUGGACACCGCGAAGGACGCGGUGGUCAGUAUGUGCGGCCACCUGUUCUGUUGGCCGUGUCUGCAUCAAUGGCUGGAGACCAGACCUACCAGGCAGGUUUGCCCAGUGUGCAAGGCCGCCAUAAGCAGAGACAAAGUCAUUCCAUUGUAUGGACGCGGUGCUACGAAACAUGAGGACCCGAGGAAUAACGUGCCACCACGCCCAGCCGGUCAAAGAUCAGAGCCAGAAGCCAACGUAGGCUUCUCUGGUUUCGGCUUUGGCGACGGCUCCUACAUGUCAUUCGGCAUCGGCACUUUUCCGUUCGCUUUCUUCACGUCAACUUUCAAUUUCAGCGAUACACGACCAAGCGCAGCUCCCAGAGGCACGCCGCAAUACGAGGAGGAACAGUUCCUGUCGAAGAUAUUUCUGUGGUUAGCAGUGAUAUUCAUCGCUUGGCUGCUGAUGGCGUAACAUUGCUCCUAAAUCACACACCAGUCUGCCCUGUAAUCUUUUAAUGCUUAUAUAACUACUUAUACCUAGUUAUCUCUGUUCUGUCCGCUCAUGAUGAUGAUAAUCGCAAUGUUACAUCGCUCUUUGGUUUUCGCAAAAUUAUUUUUGGAGAAGCAAAACAAAGGAGAAAAUACAAAUUCACCUGUGCGCCUUGUCGUGACGCUUAAUCUCUAAACUUAAUCGCGAUUAUAAUAUAUUUUUCUUCUUGUCUUCGAAGUCGGAAUAAAACAAGAAAAAGAAGGAUACAUGCAUUUGGUAUCGGCCGCACAAUUGUUCGAGAACGCGAUUUGAUGCGCUUGUUCGCACGUGAAAUAUCUCGAGCAGGACAGCUUUUCUACGAUUUCGACAGCUUUGAUAUUUCAGUGUCAUUCUUUCUCUCUUGUGUGCAUGCGUGCGUGUAUGUGUGCGUACAUACACGCGAGGUCUCCCAGCCUAUUGAGCUAGCUCUAACGCUCGUACGGAAGUAGAGUGGGUUUUAACUCGCUCUACUUCCGCGGUUUGAACCAAACGGUCCUAUGUAUCGCUUUGCGACCUUCGCAGUAACAAGAAUUGUCAACUGAUCAAGAAAAUCAAAGCGCGUCUCGCGCGCCGAGGCAAUAAACGCGGCAGCAACAGCAGCCGAUCUUUAGCCGCGACAAAGGGAGGGACAACACGUCACUGGUAUCCUUCUCUAAUUGUCUUUAACAGGUCACGUGCGCCCAGAGUCGUUCGCCCCGCCUACUGUCUCGACGCGCCUAAUUAAGAUUUGCAAAUUUAAUUAAUAAGAAUUCAUAAUCUAUUCUUACGAGAUAGUCUGGAGCAUGUAUUGUAGAUAAUACUAUCUGAUUGGCUACCAAAUAUAUCUUAAGGUCAUAUUUAAGAUGACUUUAAUACAAGAAGACUAUGAACUGUCCCCUUUUAUUGUUGCAAAGAUCGCGAAAAAA